AUUGAACAAGAGAAUAGUGAUGAGAUUUAUGAGGAAAUAGAUGAAGGAAUUUGUGAAGAUAUUGUAGAAGAGAUUGAACAAUUUUACUUAUUGGAUAUUGAUAAUACAUCAGCAAUGGAAUUGGAUUUAAUAGAUGAAUGA